GGUGAGUCCUGGCCGGGCCCUGGCGGGGGUGCUGGGGGACUGUCGGGCUCGGGAGGCCACGAGGCGACGGGACGGCGGGAAGCGGCUCUUCCCACGCGCUCCUCUGGCUGCGCAGCGGUCCCCGGGCUCUUGGCCGAAGCCCCUCGGGCCUGUGCCGGCCAGGUCAGCGUCUUGCCCGGCGGCCCGACCCUGAGCUGGGACGGGACGGAGCGGGCCUCCGGAUCGUCCCGGGUGUCCCCUCCCGGCCCUGGGAAGCGGGGUCGCAGCUGCCCUCUUACCUUGAGGAGAACAUUUUGUGAUGUUGGUGCCUCAGAGCCAUAACUAUGAGUGAAUUUCGGAUUCACCAUGAUGUCAAUGAACUGCUUAGCCUUCUGCGUGUCCACGGAGGAGAUGGGGCUGAGGUCUACAUUGACCUGCUUCAAAAGAACAGGACCCCAUACGUCACUACCACCGUCUCUGCUCACAGCGCCAAGGUUAAAAUUGCAGAGUUCUCUCGUACUCCAGAAGACUUUCUAAAGAAAUAUGAUGAACUGAAAUCUAAAAAUACGAGGAACCUUGACCCACUGGUGUACCUGCUGUCAAAGCUCACGGAAGACAGAGAGACUCUGCAGUACUUACAACAGAAUGCGAAAGAAAGAGCUGAGCUUGCAGCCGCCACUGUGGGCAGCAGUGCCACCAGCAUCAGCGUCCCUGCGGCGGCCUCCAAGAUCUCCAUGCAGGAGCUCGAGGAGCUGAGGAAGCAGCUUGGCAGCGUGGCCACGGGCUCCACACUGCAGCAGUCUCUGGAACUUAAAAGAAAGAUGCUUCGAGACAAGCAGAACAAAAACAAUUCAGGCCAGCACCUCCCGGUCUUCCCAGCGUGGGUGUACGAGAGACCUGCACUGAUAGGAGAUUUCCUGAUUGGCUCCGGCGUGAGCACAGACACGGCUUUGCCGAUAGGCACGCUGCCCCUAGCCUCGCAGGAGUCAGCCGUGGUGGAGGACCUGCUGUAUGUGCUGGUGGGCGUGGACGGGAGGCAUGUUACUGCUCAGCCCCUGGCCGGGAGGCAGAGCCGGACCUUCCUUGUGGACCCCAACCUGGACCUGUCCAUCAGGGAGCUGGUGAACAGGAUCCUGCCGGUGGCUGCCAGCUACUCCACUGUGACCAGGUUCAUCGAAGAGAAGUCUUCCUUUGAGUAUGGGCAGGUGAACCACGCCCUGGCAGCCGCCAUGCGCACCCUGGUCAAGGAGCACCUGAUUCUGGUGUCACAGCUGGAGCAGCUGCACAGGCAGGGCCUCCUGUCACUGCAGAAGCUCUGGUUCUACAUCCAGCCGGCCAUGCGCACCAUGGACAUCCUCGCCUCCCUUGCCACCUCAGUGGACAAAGGCGAGUGUCUUGGGGGAUCCACGCUGAGCCUGCUUCACGAUAGGAGCUUCAGCUACACUGGGGACAGCCAGGCGCAGGAGCUGUGCCUGUACCUGACCAAGGCGGCCAGUGCUCCCUACUUCGAGGUUCUGGAGAAGUGGAUCUACAGGGGCAUCAUCCAUGACCCGUACAGCGAGUUUAUGGUUGAGGAGCACGAGCUGCGGAAAGAGCGAAUCCAGGAGGAUUACAAUGACAAGUACUGGGACCAGCGGUACACCAUCGUGCAGCCACAGAUCCCGUCCUUCCUGCAGAAGAUGGCGGACAAGAUCCUCAGCACAGGCAAAUAUCUAAACGUGGUCAGAGAGUGUGGCCAUGACGUCACCUGCCCAGUGGCUAAAGAGAUCAUCUACACAUUAAAAGAGCGGGCGUACGUGGAGCAGAUCGAGAAGGCAUUUAACUACGCCAGCAAGGUGCUGCUGGACUUUCUGAUGGAGGAGAAGGAGCUGGUGGCACACCUCAGGUCCAUCAAGCGCUACUUCCUCAUGGACCAGGGGGACUUCUUCGUCCACUUCAUGGACCUCACGGAGGAGGAGCUCCGGAAGCCAGUGGAGGACAUCACGCCCCCCCGCCUGGAGGCGCUGCUGGAGCUGGCGCUGCGCAUGAGCACGGCCAACACCGACCCCUUCAAGGAUGACCUCAAGAUCGACCUGAUGCCUCACGACCUCAUCACUCAGCUCCUGCGCGUUCUGGCCAUCGAGACCAAGCAGGAGAAGGCGAUGGCGCAGGCCGACCCCACUGAGCUGACGCUGAGCGGCCUGGAGGCCUUCUCUUUCGACUACAUCGUCAAAUGGCCCCUUUCACUCAUCAUCAACAGGAAAGCCCUCACCCGAUACCAGAUGCUCUUCAGGCAUAUGUUCUACUGCAAGCACGUGGAGCGGCAGCUCUGCAGCGUCUGGAUCAGCAACAAGACAGCCAAGCAGCACUCACUGCACUCCGCCAAGUGGUGCGCUCCUCCUCUGCCCCCACCCCCGUGCGCCUGCAGGUUUGCUGGGGCUUUCACUCUGCGGCAGCGAAUGCUCAACUUCGUCCAGAAUAUUCAGUACUAUAUGAUGUUCGAAGUGAUGGAACCGACCUGGCACAUCCUGGAGAAAAACCUGAAAUCCGCCUCCAACAUUGACGAUGUGCUGGGCCACCACACGGGCUUCCUGGACACCUGCCUGAAGGACUGCAUGCUCACCAACCCCGAGCUGCUGAAGGUCUUCUCCAAGCUCAUGUCCGUGUGCGUCAUGUUCACCAACUGCAUGCAGAAAUUUACACAGAGCAUGAAACUGGACAGCGAGCUGGGUGGGCAGACGCUGGAGCAUGGCACCAUCCCAGGGCUGCCUGCAGGCGCUGAGGAGCGGGUGCGGAAGGAGCUCACCAGGAAGCACCUGGUGGAGCACGCCGACGCUACACAGCUCGUGUCCGGCUUCGAGGCCACCAUCAACAAGUUUGACAAGAACUUCUCAGCCCACCUGCUGGACCUCCUAGCCCGGCUGAGCAUCUACAGCACCAGUGACUGUGAGCACGGCAUGGCCAGCGUCAUCUCCAGGCUCGACUUCAACGGCUUCUACACGGAGCGCCUGGAGCGCCUGUCUGCGGAGAGGAGCCAGAAGGUCGUCCCCCAAGUGCCUGUCCCUCGGGGGCCCCCGGUUCCUGCGCCCAGGGUCGCGGUCACUGCACAGUGAGCCCUGGCUGCAAUAAGAAGAAAGGGCGUGGGGGUCAGCAGCUGCUGGGGUGCAAAUGGGUCCCAAAUGUUCAAAUGUAAAUGAUCUGUGUUCUGUGUGCAGUUUAAAUAUGAACAGAACGAUCGAUGUAGCUCA